AUGUACUAUCAGAUUCAGCUGCUCAUCGUGGGAGAAGCUCAAUCCCUUUUGGAGCCUCCAGCCCUCAGCUGCCCUGCCCUCGCUGGCAUACCUGGCACCCCAGGGCACAACGGCCUUCCUGGCAGAGACGGAAGAGAUGGGAAAGAUGGCAGAGCGGGAGCGCCUGGACCCAAGGGGGACAAAGGAGAUCCUGGCGUGGCAACAGAUCAAGGCCCUCCAGGAGAAAUGGGUCCAGCUGGUCCAGUGGGCCCACCUGGCCUAAAGGGGGACAGAGGGGAUCCAGGAACACCUGGGACAUUGGCCAAUGACAGCUUGCUCAUAUCAGAGAUUCAGGCUCUCAGAGGACGACUGUCUCUACUAGAAAAAGCCUCAGGUUACCGCACCUUCCGAAAGGUUGGGCUGAAGUAUUAUGUGACUGAUGGACUUGUAGCCACUUUUGAUGAGGGCGUGAAGUUCUGCUCAGAUGCUGGAGCCACACUUGUGCUCCCAAGAACAGAAGGGGAAAACCAAGCGCUGACAAAGGUGUUUGCAGUUUAUCCGUCCUCUCAGCCAUUCAUUGGAGCAACAGACAGGAAGCACGAGGGACAUUUUUUCGAUUUACAUGACAGACCGUUAGCUUUCACUAAGUGGGGCAGUGGUGAGCCGAGUAAUAGCGGUGGCAAUGAAGAUUGUAUUGCAAUUUAUUUGCCGGGCACGUGGCAUGAUUUCAACUGUGACACUAAUCAUUUAAUCAUCUGUGAAAUGACAAACUGA